GGUAAAUCUGUUGCACGUCUGCUCCACUGUGAACCACUCAACUCUCAAUUUCUCAAAUAACUCAAUAUUUCUUCUCUCAUUCAUAGGAAACAAAGUUUCAGCUCACUCUAAACUUAACAAUGGCUUCCACAACGUAUGGUGGUGGCCUUUUGUGCAAAACUAGAGUUUCUAUCUCUUCUUUUCCUUUGAUGCAACCCAAAAUGAGACCAGAAAUAACUUACUCCCAGAGACAUCCCAGAGUCGGAACUUCCUCUCUCCUGAGGAAUGUAUCCCACAACAUGGGCAUGAAGAAAGUUCCACGUAUGAUCACCAGAGCUAGCUCAGAACCGAGUGGCAGUAGUGAUGGAGCUCUUGGCCAGGAUAAGACACCAUUUGGAUAUACGAGAAAGGAUGUUCUAUUGAUCGGAGUUGGAGUUACACUUCUAGGGGUUGGUUUAAAGAGUGGAUUGGAGUUCUUGGGAUUUGACCCUUUACAAGCUGGAAAUGUCGUUCAACUAGUCCUUGUUUUGGGUCUAACAGUUGGAUGGAUCUCAACAUACAUCUUCCGGGUUUCAAACAAGGAAAUGACAUAUGCUCAACAACUACGAGACUACGAAAGCAAAGUCAUGGAGAAACGGUUAGAGAGCUUAACAGAAGCAGAAUUACAAGUAUUGCUUGAGCAGGUUGAAGAAGAGAAGACCCGCCUGACUAGUGGUGAAGAGGUUAAAUAGAUAUUGUUUUCCUUAUGCCUACGUACCGUUGGACCUUGUUACCCAUGGAAAAUGGUCUGGACCAUAAUGAAGUCUGUACAAUAGUCAAUAUAUGCUUGCCUAACAUCUGAU